CCCUGACGGGAGGGGGGAGCCAGAGGGGUCGGGCUCUGCUCCCAGGGAACGAGGGACAGGAUGAGAGGAAACGGCCUCAAGCUGUGCUAGAGGACAUUGUUUAAGUUGGAUAUUAGAGAAAAUUUCUUGACCAAGAGGGUUGUCUAUCCCCGGCAGAGGCUGCGUAAGGCAGUGGUGGAGUUCCCAUCCCUGGAGGGAUUUAAAAGCUGUGUGGAUGUGCCACCUGGGGACAAGGGUUAGUGGCGGGCUUGUCAGUGCUGGGGGAAUGGUUGGACUCGAUGGUCUUUGGAGAGCUUUCCCAACCUAAAUAAUUCUGUGGUUCCAUGAAACCAUCCCAGAACACUCCGCCAACCCCACGCCAGGCGAGCAGAGCACUGCGGGUCGUGCGGUGCUCCUGCUGCGCCCCGUGUUUACGGGGAAGCCGCGCGGGUCCCUGGUCCGGCCAUCACGGGUGGGCUUCUCCCAUGGAGCGCUGACGCCGAGCCUCCCUUCCCCGCCGAUAUAACCGAGCACGUCCCGCCGCCCGACCCACGGAGGGUGUUCCCGUGCGUGGGUGGGGACUCGCCGGGGCGGGCCGGGCCGCGCCGGGCGGCGCCGGGAGAGGCGGAGAGCGGCGGUGGCAGCGGCAGGAUGCGGGAGGCGCGGUUCAGGGACCACUUCUGGAGCACGGAUCUGACAAGCACCGUUGGCUACGACAGCAUCAUCCAACACCUGAAUGAUGGCAGGAAGAACUGCAAGGAGUUUGAAGACUUCCUGAAGGAAAGGGCAAUUAUAGAAGAAAAAUAUGGCAAAGAGCUCAUCAACUUGUCGAAGAAGAAGCCCUGUGGGCAGACGGAGCUGAACACGCUGAAGAGAUCCCUGGAUGUUUUCAAGCAACAAAUAGACAAUGUGGGACAAGGUCACAUCCAGCUGGCGCAAACCCUUCGGGAGGAAGCAAAAAAGAUGGAGGACUUCAGGGAAAAGCAAAAACUGCAUCGGAAAAAGAUAGAGCUGAUCAUGGAGGCGAUUCACAAAAACAGGAAUGUGCAGUACAAGAAGACCAUGGAGGCCAAGCGUCUGUACGAGCAGCGGUGCCGGGACAAGGACGAGGCGGAACAGGCCGUGCACCGCAACGCAAACCUGGUGACGCAGAAGCAGCAGGAGAAGCUGUUCGUGAAGCUGGCUCAGACGAAAUCAGCUCUGGAGGACUCCGACAGGAGCUACCAGCAGAAUGUGACCAUGCUGGAGAAGGUCCGGGAAGAGUGGCAGAUGGAGCACAUCAAAGCUUGCGAGUUCUUUGAGACUCAGGAGUGUGAUCGGAUCAGCUAUGUCCGUAACGCCCUCUGGCUCCACGUCAACCAGCUCUCCCUGGGCUGCGUCCAGAAUGAUGAGAAAUAUGAGGAAAUCCGCAAGAGUUUAGAAAUGUGCAGCAUUGAGAAGGAUGUUGAUUUUUUUGUAAAUUUGCGCAAAACUGGAAGUUUGGCUCCAGCUCCUGUUGUUUAUGAAAACUACUACAACACACAGAGAAAUGUGACUCCUGCGAGAAGUCCAGCGCCUGUACCUAUAUCAAGGAGGGGACCUCUGCCCACCCCGACCAGUGCACCAGGGGAGCCUGAUUAUGCCACAGUUGAUGGCUACAGCUUGGUACAAUUCUAGCAGUCACACAAACUCCUUGGAUGGAUAUCCUAUCUUCAAACUCAGAGGAAGAAAAGGACCAGACACAGGGGCGAUUUGUGUCGGAAGAAGUGUUUGAUUUGAAGUUCUUCUAAAGUGCAGCCAUUGGGAGAGGCUGGAGCCUCCCACUCUCCAGAUAACUAGCUCAUAUGUGCCGAGGGGAGUGCUGCAUGAUGCCUUGGGCACGCUGGCUUGUGUUCAGGGCACCUGCAUCCCCCUCAGAUCUCAGGUUACUCUUUCGCCUGUCUCUAAAGUCUUUCAUUACUGGGGAUUAAACUUGUAAUUUAGGUUUAAUUUUAUUCUCAUCUUUCGGGGAUCUCACUUAGGGGAGCACCAACAGUUACACCGUGUGUCUGGCUUAGCUGUAGGUGUGCUCCAGGCUUAAGUGCCGAUGCUGGAAGCUGAUUUGCAUCUUGCCUGGUGCAGCAGUUCACAGCACGGCUACCCAGUGAGGGGCUGUGCCACCACAAACCUGCUGGGAGGUUCCACAUCCCACGGUGUUGUUGAGGAUCAGGAGAACGUUGUUCAGAUCUCCCAAAUGCCUCUCCAAUGAGGGGCUUGUGAGUUUUUAGGUUCAUGGUACAGCUUGUCCCUGGAAGGCUCUGGGGACCAGGCUGGACAGGGUUUGGAGCAACCAGGUCUAGAGCAAAAUGUCCCUGCCCGCAGCAAGGGGUUGGAACUAGAUGGUCUUUAAGGUCCUUCCCAACCCAAACCAUUCUACAGUUCUAUGAUUCUAUGAUUUAAUUAGCUUUUGACAAUCUCUAAACUUUGGACUUGUUCUGACUAUGCACCACUGGAAACAAACUUAGCUACUGCUGGAGCCAUGAAACUUGUUUUCUGACCAGAUCUCCUCAAACUUCCUGCCCUUUCUGUUACCAUAUAUAUAUGUAUAUGUAUCUUAUGAUUAUGACUUUGAUUCAGAAGCUCAUGUGCUUUGGGGCUGCUGAUCUCUCUGACGUCCCUGUGUGCAGUGCUGCUUGACCACUCCUCAGUGCCUUAUGACACUGGACACAGGGACACAGGACAUGGGGAUAAACACACAAUUUACCUGUCUAAACCCGGUGCCAGGUGACUAACCUGGAGCAGCAGGAUUUGCUAUUUGUAUGACAUUUUUCCAGCUGAAUCUGCACGGCUUCAGCACGUGUCCCAGCCCGUCAGUCCUUGGGGCAAAAUUUUUACUGUGUUUUCUUGUGUGGGGAAGAUGACAGUGAGCUCUGACAUCUGCCCUCCUGCAAAGUGCACGUGCCAAGGAAUCCGCUAUCCUGUUUUAUUUCUGAAAGACCAAGGACACAAGUAUUAUUCUGAAGGAGCCUGCUGUAGUCUUAGUUGUUUAAAUACAUAUUUUAAAAAAUAAAUUUUGAGUUUCA